GUGAUUCUGAAAGGUAGAAGAAAAGCUGCACACAUAAUAUUUCUGAUACUAAUUGAGGAGAGGAGAUAUACCCAUUUUACACAUUGGUUUUUGCUGAACCUAAACUCAGAUUCUAUCAAAUUAACUCUUUCUCAGAAAAAUAUACAUACACUGUUUUUCCUUCAAUCAUGGCAGCAUAUGCAGCCUUGGUUUCUGUUAUGCAUAUCAUCGAUACAAUCGAGCAUCACCAUUCCCCUCCAAUUUCUAUCCACAAACAACAAGUUGAAUCUCUCACUCAAAUUCUUACCUCUUUGCAGGAAUUCCUUGAAGGUUAUAAGUCCCCUGUUGCUGACGGAGAUGAAGCUGAUCCGCUGGAGAUGCGUAUUGUAGAUGCAGCUCAUGCGGUUGAAGAUGUUAUCGAAUCACAUAUUGUGGACAAGCUUCAGCCGAGGAGAUCCAAACGUAUCGCAGAUGCAGCUUAUGCGGCUGAAGAUGCUAUCGAAUCACAUAUUGUGGACAAGCUUCAGCCGAGGAGAUCCAAACGUAUCGCAAAUGCAGCUUAUGCAGCUGAAGAUGCUAUCGAAUCACAUAUUGUGGACACGCUUCAGCCGAGGAGAUCCAAACGUAUCGCAAAUGCAGCUUAUGCGGCUGAAGAUGCUAUCGAAUCUCAUAUUGUGGACAAGCUUCAGCUGAGAAGAUCCAAAAAAGCCAAAAUUGAUACAGCUGAAGCUGAUGAACAAAUCAACUUCUAUCAAGAUCGUCUACAACAAGUGAUAGAAGAAAUGAAUGUGAUCAAGAAGGAAGCCAUGGAAAAUGAACUGGGUAGAUCAAUGAGUCCCAACGAAAAAUUUUUCGAAGGCUGUGACACCUCUUCUGACUACAGCGAUGAAGCAGAUGCCGUUGGAAAGGAAGUCAGUUGCAUCGACUUCUAUGAAGAUCUACAACGAGUGAUAGAUGAAAUGAAUGUGAUUAAGAAGGAAGCCAAGAAGAUUGCAGCCGAAGCUCAGCUGAGAAAGCUCUCCUUGACUCAUGCUGGCUCCUUGACAUCCUCUUCCAAUGUGAAGGAAAGCAUGAUGGUGGGCUUUGAUGACGUGCAACUUCAACUCUUGGAUUGGCUCACUGGAGGGAACCGUAACCGCCAAAUCAUCCCAAUCACAGGGAUGGGCGGGAUUGGUAAGACCACUCUUGCCCGACAUAUAUUUGAGCAUGCCCUUGUUAAGCAACAUUUUGAUAUUCGUGCGUGGACUACAAUUUCUCAAACUUAUAAUGUUAGAGAAACACUUAGACAAGUUCUUAAACAAGUGAGCCGAGAUUCGAGGGAUGACUUGAGUGACGAGAACGAGUUGGGAGAAAAAUUGUACAAGUAUUUAUGGGGUAGGAGGUAUAUCAUAAUAUUGGAUGAUAUGUGGAGUGUAGAGGUGUGGUACAAGAUGAGGUUUUUCUUUCCUAAUUACAAUGAUGGGAGUCGAGUAAUCGUAACGACUAGGCUCUCAAACUUGGCUACUGAGUUGACAAACUCUAACAGCAUUGGUAUGAGAUUUUUAGAUGAUGUUUGUAGCUGGAGUUUGUUCUCCAAAACUGUAUUUGGGGAUGAGGUUUUUCCUCUUCAACUCGAAGAAAUCGGAAAGAAGAUCGUGGGGAAGUGUAAGGGACUUCCUUUGUCGAUUGCUGUGAUUGCGGGUCUUUUGGCAAAGUCCGAACUUACACUGGAAUAUUGGGAGGGCAUAGAGAAAAACUUAAGCUCAAUAGUGAAUUCGGAAAAUGAUGAAUAUUGCUUGAGAGUAUUGAAACUGAGCUAUGACCAUUUGCCUGCCUAUCUGAAGCCUUGUUUUUUGUACAUGGGGAUGUUUGGGGAAGACGAGGAAAUUAGAGUCUCAAAACUCAUCAGGCUAUGGGUUUGUGAAGGCUUUCUUAAACCAAUAAUCAAUAAAAGCUCGAAAACAAUUGCUAAUGAGUAUCUGAAGGAGCUAGUCAAUAGAAACCUCAUUCUAGUUCGUGGGUUAGGGGCAGUUGGGAAUAUAAAAAGCACUUCACAUACGACAGUCAAGGAUGCCAUGGAAACUAGGUCGUCACGUGCUCGUUCUUUCAUAUGUCAUGCUGAUACGGUUCCAGAAUGGCUAGAUUUCAGAUUUUUGAGGACACUGAGUACAUUUAAGUAUUCUGGAGGGUAUUUAGAUGAAAAUGUAUUUCAAAUGGUGAACUUGAGGUACCUUUGGGCUAGAUUUCGUGAGGGGUUCCAAAUCCCUUCUUCAAUUAGUCUGCUCUGGAAUUUACACACGCUAAAUGUUUCAAAUGUUUCUUGUAAACCUACUGUACCAGUAGAAAUUUGGAAAAUGCGUCAGCUUAAGCAUGUCGAGUUCGAAUAUCCAGGAAUGUAUCUCUCAGAUCCUCGGAGCGGGCAUAGUGAUGUUAUGAUGGAGAAUCUAGAGACGCUCAAAGGAGUGAUUGAUUUCAACUUGAAUGAAGAAAUGGUUAAGAGAAUUCCCAAUAUCAAGAAACUGGGUAUAAUAUCCGAUGAUAAAGUAAUGGUCAGAGUGAAGUGCCUCAACUAUCUUCAAUGUUUGAGUAAGCUGGAAAGCUUGACGUGCCUUUUUGGAUAUGUAGAUACUGAGUAUCUGCAGAGUAUUAGCUUCCCGCACUCACUCAAGAAGCUGUUACUUCGAUGCGGAUACUUCUUCCAUUGGGAGGAAAUUCUGGAAAAGAUAGGUUCAUUACCACUUCUUGAGAAGCUCCAAGUGAUGUAUGGGCGGUUUGGAAGACGCAGUUGGGAAAUAGUUGAAGGCCAAUUCCCCAGCCUCAAAUACUUGAGAUUGUGGGGGUGUAAGGAUAUGGAAUGUUGGACGUUAGAGGGCUCCUGCUUGCCACACCUUGAGCAACUUCAUCUCUCGUGGAUGUGGUCGUUGGAGGAGUUCCCUUCAGAAAUUGGAGAAAUACCAAACCUCAAAUCAAUUGAAUUGUGGAAUUGCAGUGAAUCAAUGGCUGUGUCUUUGAAAAAGAUAGUAGAGGAACAAGAGGAAUUACAAGGGGACCCACCCUUUCAUGUUAUAGUUAAUUGA